GCUCAAAUCACAGUAGUAAUGUUCCCCAGCAGCGUGUAACAGGCGGAUCUGGCAGUCACCAGACCGAUCUCGAGAAACGAUACGACCGAAACCUUUCCGCGAGACGUUUUAAAGUGACACGCGUCCUUAAAAGUCGAAUGCAUACUGUACAAGUCCGCGCGUGGAAAGGAAAUAAGUUUAAAGAUGUCUGUCAGUAAUCACGAGAACCGAAAGUCGAGGUCAAGCUCUGGGUCCAUGAACAUCCAACUGUUCCACAAGACGUCGCAUGCAGACAGCUUGCUUACCCAGCUCAACCUCCUCCGCAAGCGGCAUGUCUUCACGGAUGUAGUCCUGCGUGCCGGACAUCGAGCAUUUCCAUGCCACCGAGCGGUUCUGGCUUCAUGCAGCCGCUAUUUUGAAGCCAUGUUCAGCGGUGGACUGAAGGAGAGCCGAGAUGCCGAAGUCAACUUCCACGACUCUUUGCACCCGGAGGUUCUGGAGCUCCUGCUAGACUACGCCUACUCCGCCCGGGUGAUUAUCAAUGAGGAAAACGCAGAGUCUUUGCUGGAGGCUGGCGACAUGCUCCAGUUCCACGACAUCCGAGACGCCGCUGCGGAAUUUCUGGAAAAGAAUCUGCAUCCGUCGAACUGCCUUGGAAUGAUGCUUCUGUCCGACGCUCACCAGUGCCAGAGGUUGUAUGAACUUUCCUGGAGAAUGUGCCUGGCGAAUUUCGCCAGUCUGUACCACACUGAGGACUUCUUAAGCUUGCCCAAAGAUAAAGUUCAAGAACUUGUUUUCAGCGAGGAGCUGGAGGUCGAGGACGAAAGUAUUGCGUACGAGGCUGUUAUUGACUGGGUCAGAGCGGACAUCGAAAGGAGGCAUCUUGAUCUUCCUGACCUUCUUCGGUGUGUUCGACUCGCUUUGCUUCCGGAAAUCUACUUGCUAAAGAACGUUGCGUCUGAGGAGCUUGUUAUGGGACACAAGGUGGGCCGUGAGAUUGUGGAAGACGCUGUCCGUUGCAAAAUGAAGAUCCUGCAGAACGACGGCGUUGUUACGGGCUUCUGCGCCCGACCCCGGAAGGUGAGCCAAGCUCUCCUGCUUCUAGGAGGCCAGACGUUUAUGUGCGACAAGGUAUACAUGAUUGAUCACAAGGCGAAGGAGAUCACUCCCAAAACGGACCUUCCUAGCCCUCGCAAAGAGUGCAGCGCUUGUGCCAUUGGCUGUAAAGUAUAUGUCACAGGCGGUCGAGGGUCGGAAAACGGGGCUUCGAAAGACGUGUGGGUCUACGACACCUUGCACGACGAAUGGUCUAAAGCUGCACCAAUGCUAGUUGCUAGAUUCGGACAUGGUUCUGCGGAACUUGACCACAGCUUGUAUGUAGUAGGUGGACACACGUCCCUUGCAGGGUCCUUCCCUGCGUCCCCAUCUGUGUCUCUCAAACAAGUGGAGCAGUACAACCCCCAAUCAAACAAGUGGACACUAGUUGCUCCUCUUCGAGAGGGUGUGAGCAAUGCCGCUGUCGUAGGCGCCAAAAACAAACUCUUUGCUUUCGGAGGCACUAGUGUCAACAGGGACAAGUACCCCAAGGUUCAGUGCUUCGACCCCUGUGAGAACAGGUGGACUGUCCCAGCCACCUGUCCUCAACUCUGGCGAUACACGGCGGCAGCAGUUGUUGGGAACCACGUUGUGGUCAUUGGUGGAGACACAGAGUUCUCUGCGAGCUCAGCGUACCGCUUUAACAGCGAGACGUUCCAGUGGACCAAGUUUGGGGACGUGACUUCCAGAAGAAUCAGCUGUCACGCAGUGGCGUCGGGGAAUCGUCUCUACGUGGUUGGGGGCUACUUUGGGGCGCAGAGGUGUAAAACCUUGGACUGCUAUGACCCGUCAACGGACUCGUGGGAUAGCAUAACAAGCGUGCCAUAUUCGCUUAUCCCAACUGCAUUUGUCAGCACCUGGAAGUACCUCCCAUCUUGAAGAAAAUUUGUCCCUGAUUUGAUCUUCCGGCGUUCUUUGGAAUGCGGCCGAGUUUCCCCCCCACGAGGCCUGGGAAUGCCGGGGGAGGGGAGACGCUUUGCCUCCUUCACAUUCACAUGGACCUCGCGAUGGAAACCAAGCCUUAGGUCAGUCGGGUGGGGAGCCAUGACAACCGAAGACCCGUCUCAGCUCACCGCGGUCCUGACGGCGACACGCGAUCCUGAAGAGAGACGCAGAAAGCAACGUGAACGCAUGUGUACAUAAACUUACCAGACUCAACUCUUUAAAACAGGUUAUUUUUAGCCUGAUGUUCUACGCUUCAACGUCUCACUCACUCAUAUGGAUCCUGCGCGCUCAUAAAUUAAGUAAUAAUUAACUCUUGCCUCGGGUUACUCACUUCAGUGCAUGAAACGGGGCUCAUUGUGUUCUUAGUAGACUCGGGUGACCUUCGAAAGAGGAAAUGAACCCAAAAUUGUAGAUUAACUCAUUAGACUGUGCUGCCUUUUUUAUAUAGAAUGUGUUUUUUAUAUUUGAUAAAACACUUCUCUGAUUAGCACUGUAUUUGUGUUAGAAAAGUACUAGACAAAUAGCCAGGCUGGGCUAACAGACAGGUUUGGGUGGUAUAUCCCCCCUCAAAUCAUAAGAAAUUAAGCCUGUUUUUAAAUGUUUGCAUCGUGAUGUUAUUUUCAAGGCAAUUAAAGCUUCUCAUUACCGUAAUGCAAAAAAGUCAUUACUGUUAUAAAGAAGAACAAGAAUGUAUUUUUUAAAUUGUUAAGUAAUACGUAUUUACACAUAUGCAGAUUUUAAUUGUAAAAAAUAAAAUAAAAUAAAUACUACAAAAUCUUGGACAAAUUACGGUAAUGAUGAAAUCGUCCUUAAUCGUCAUGAAAUUAUGUCAGAAUGUGAAAAAAGACACACAAGUAAGAAAUUAUAUUUUGCAUAAAGAAAAUGAAGCCUGGUUUUAGAUUGUUUGCAUUGUGAUAUUAUUUUCAGGGCAUUUACCCCUUAAAUUUUCCUUACCGUAGUGCAAAAAAGUCAUUACCGCAAUGGAAGAGAAGAAGAAUGAUGAAGUAUUAAGUAUUUAUGCACAUUCAGAUUUUAAUUUAAACACACUAAAAUAACUACUUAAAAGUCCUGGACAAAUUACGGUAAUGAGGGAAACGUCCUUAAUUGUCAUGAAAAUAAUGUCAAAAUGUGAAAAAAGAGGAAACAAAUAAUAAAUUAUAUUUUGUAUGAAGAAAAUGAAGCCUGGUUUUAGAUUGCUUGUGCCGUGACAUUAAUUUCAAGGCUGUUAAAGCACAUUUUCUCCCUAAAUUGUCAUUACCGUACUGCAAAAAGUCAUUACCGUUAUGGAAAAGAGCAAGAAUGUAAUUUUUAAAAUCGUUAAGUAUUAAGUAUUUAUGCACAUCCAGAUUUUAAUUUUUAAAAAAUAAAAUAAAUACUUAAAUAUCCAGGACAAAUUACGGUAAUGAGAAAAAUGUCCUUAAUUGUCAUGAAAAUAAUGUCAAAAUGUGAAAAAUAGAAGAAACAAAUAUUAAAUUAUUCUUUGUGUAAAGAAAAUGAAGCCUGGUUUUAGAUCGCCUGCAUUUUGACAUUAAUUUCAAGGCCAAUAACGCACUGUUUGCCCUAAAUUUUCAUUACCGUAAUGCAAAAAAAGUCAUUACCGUUAAUGAAAAGAACAAGAAUGUAUUUUUUUUUAAUUGUUAAGUAUUAAGUAUUGGUGCACAUCUAAAUUUUAGUAAAUAAAUUAAUUAAAUACUUAAAAAUUCUGGACAAAUUACGGUAAUGAGGAAAACGUCCUUUAUAGUCAUGAAAAUAACGUCAAAAAUCUUGAAAAAAUAAGAAAUUAUAUAUUGCCUAAGCAGAAUGAAGCCUGUUUUUAGAUUAUUUGCAUCGUGACAUUAUUUUCAGGGCCAUUGAUGCACAUUUUCCCCUAAAUUUUCAUUACCGCACUGCAAAAAAAUCAUUACCAUUAUGGAAAAGAACAAGAAUGUAAUUUUUUAAAUCAUUAAGUAUUAAGUAUUUACACACAUCCAUUUUAAUUAUUUUUAAUUUAAAAAAAAAUCUUAAUCCUAGACACAUUACGGUAAUGAGGAAAAUUUCCUUAAUUAUAACGAAAAAGUCACAAUGCGGAAAGAAGAAGAAACAAAUGAGUUAUAUUUUGCAUAAAGAAAAUUAUACCUGGUUUUAAAAUAUUGUUUGCAUUGUGGCAUUAUUUUCAGAGCAAUUAAAGAACAUUCGCCCCAAAUUCUCAUUACCAUAAUAGAAAAAAAAAAUAAAUAAUUGUGGACCAAUUAUGGUAAUGAAGAAAAAUGUUCUUAGUUGUCAUGACAAAUUCACAAUGCAAAAAAAAUAUAUAUAUAUUUAGCAUGAAGACGAUCAGGAAUUUCGAUUGUUUGCAAUUUAAUUAUUUUUCAAGGCAAUUAAAGCUGAUUUUCCUUCCAAAUUCUCAUUAUCGUAAUGCAAAAAGUGGUUACCACAACAGAAAAAACAAGAAUAUAUUAUUCAAACUGUAUUUAAGAGUAUGCGGAUUUGAAGCAUGGACAAAUUACGGUAAUGAUUAAAAAUUUUCUUAAUGAUUAUGAAAAAAAGGCUUCAUUUUCUAUAUACAAAAUAUUACUUGUCACUGUAGGAAAACGGUGUAGUUUACAAUGUGAAUAAUAUUCGCUUUUUGAGUUUUUGAGGUGGUUAAACUACUAAAGCUGUGGACGGUUUUGUGCCAAACGUUCAAUAAACUGUUUUCAAAAUGUACCUAGCGAACUUCUUAAAUGUUGCUGUACAUGUAGCCUUGAUUAUGUUCUAUUGUUGUAUGUACAUUUGUGAAGUAUAUUGUAUUUUUUUUUUAAAACUAGAUUUUGCACAUUGUGUCCUUCUCACUGUUAAACGGUCAUCUGCACUCAUACGGGUGUUUUUCUUAAACGUCAUUAGAAUGUGUUGCCUGAAGCCAAAGAAAGGAGCACAGAUAGAGACAUGUUACCAGCUAAACGUUGCGUUGUUUGUUUGUGUUGUGAAAUGUCUUAAUUUGUGUGCAAAUGUUCAAUUCUUGUAUUGUUUUGUUGGACUUUUGUUGCCGAAUGCUAUUGUUUCUUACUUCUGUCAGUCAUACAGUAGGGUGUCCUAAAGACUUUUUU